AUGCCUUCCACAAAACAGCAACGAGCCCGCCGCCAGACCGCUCCCUCUGGCCCGCCGCGCAAACCUACCGCAUAUGAAACUCAGCCAACCCUCGAUACGCCACAGGAGGAAUCUCUUAGCUCUUUCCAGUGGAAAGCUCCGGGCUGGAAUAAUGAACUCGAGUUCUCACAAUGGCUCAAUGGUGUCAAGGAUGACCUAAUUGAAGAGAGCUACGACGAGUACACGAACUGCUUAGAUGAACUCGAGCAAUCCAAGGAACACAUUGACGAAAUACUGGCGAAUACCUUGAACCUCUUGGACGAUCUAUCCAGCUUGUCCGAGUCGUUCAAGUCGGUCGAGACCCAGACAUCCAACUUUGAGAAGCAAUGCGAGGGACUCUUGUUAGCCCAGGAACGGGAUACAAAGCUUGCAAAUGGGAUCCAGAACAAUCUUCACUAUUAUGAUUUCCUGGAUCCAGCUUCGCGACGGCUCAAUGCCCCCGGCGCAGGAAAUACUGUCCGCGAUAAGGAGUUCUCGGAUAUGCUGAGACGUCUUGAUGUGUGCUUGGAUUAUAUGGAGACGCAUAUGGAUCAAAAAGAGGCCGAAGUCUAUCGAUCUAGAUAUCGUCUACUGCUAACGCGUGCUCUAACGCUCAUCCGCGGGAAUUUCGUUUCUUCGCUCAAACAUAUCUACCAGAGCGUUUCCAAAAAGAUUUCAGAUCAGCAACUCAACGACACAGCCUUGUCCGCUCUCUUGUACGCCAAGUUCAGGGUUGGAGCGCCUGAGCUGAAACAAAUUGGAGUCGAGAUCCAGAAACGAGCUGUUCCACCACUCAACCCAGACCAAAGCAACGAAGCCGAAUAUCAAAGUCUUAUGAGCGAACUCCACAGCAACUACUCGGCCACCCGUGCACGAUUGAUCAUUCCACUCGCCCGCAAAAAGCUCGGUGAGAUUACUCAGAUGCCUAGCUCUUCUACAGACUUGGUUGCAUUUGCUCGCGCAAGUAUCAGUUACAUCCGUGGACUCUGUCUCGACGAGUAUGACCUAUGGGGAGAAUGGUUCCAUGGACAGGGAGGCCUAUAUGACUUCCUUGAAACACUAUGCGAGCCACUUUAUGAUCAUCUUCGCCCUCGAAUCAUCCACGAAUCCGACAUCGUCAGACUCUGCCAAUUGUGCACCCUUCUACAAACCCGGUAUUUCUCAGACCCCGAAGACGAGCCAGAACAUCUCGAAACAAAUCAGCUCGACUUUUCAGUCUUGAUCCAGCCAGCUUUGCAAGAUGUUCAAGCCCGGCUUGUCUUCCGUGCUCUGGCUGUUCUGCAGGAUGAAAUCGAACGAUACAAGCCUCGCCCAGAAGAUAUUGACUAUCCCAUGCGCAACCGCCAAGUAUCCCUGACUGUGUCAGACACUCAGAUCUCGGGCAAGAAGGACACAUCUGCCGCUACCAUGAUCGACAUGACAGCCAAGACAGGUGACGACAAUGGCGAAUCACAAGAGCAAGAUGGAAAAUGGGACUUUGAGACCCAAACUGCUCUCAAGGGCUGGUAUCCGACCCUACGAAAGGCAAUUUGGCUCCUGAGUCGGAUCUACCGCCUAGUAAACUCCACCGUCUUCGACGACCUAGCCCACCAAAUCGUCCACCAAACAACGCUCUCUCUCCAAGACGCCAGCACCCAAAUCUCCGCCAAAUCAACACCAGCAGACAGCCAACUCUUCCUAAUGAGCCACCUUCUAAUCCUAAAACAACAAAUUGUAGCCUUCGACAUCGAAUACGUUGCCCCAGAUAUAACCUUCGACUUCUCCGGCGUGACAAGCACAUUCUGGGAACUCCGCGAACGCGGCGGCCUCUUCAACCCACGCAACCUAAUGCGACUGGUAGGCCACGGUCUAAUCCCACGCGUCGUGGAGAACAUGCUCGAUGCUAAAGUCGAACUGGAUGGGCGGCUGCGCACUGUCAUUAAUGACUUCAUCAAUGCAUUCGCGGCGCGCAUGACUGCUUCGCUGCCGGCUAAGUUUGUCGAUACGCGCAAUCUUCAGCGCGGGGAACUUAUCCUCCCUUCUUGUCGGACUAUUGAGAAAGAGGUUCCUGUUCUGAGGAAGAUUCUCAAUGAGUAUAUUGACGAUACGCGCAUGAAAGAGACGCUUGUUGGGGCUGUGCAGGACCGCACGAUUCAGAUUUAUGAGGAUUUCUUUGAGAAGUAUAUUUCUUCUGAGAAGGGGAAGGGCGUUUCUGUUAGUAGGAAAGGCAAGGGGCGUGAGGAUGCUGUUUGGGAUGUUAAUACCUUUGCGGAGUGGUGCGAGGGCGUUUUCCGGGUUGGCGUUGCUGGCUUGCAGGCUGAUGUUCUUGAGGAUGAUAAUGAUGAUCUUUUGAGUACCAGCUCUUAG